ACAAGGAACACCAAUCAUACCGCCAGAAGGAAUCAACACGCCAUCGAACCACCCUGGCUUAUCUGAAAGAAGAUUGAACGUAAAACAGUGAUUUCAUUUAGGAAGAAUAAACCCCACUCGAUCACCGAUUAUAAAGCGCUAUUACUUACAGAUGAACAGUCGUAAUUCAGCCUCAGGAAGGACAAGGUAAACAGGGGGCUAGCCCAGAGGAGGGAUGCCUGGGGAAAGCGGAAGCAGUUCUUCCUCCUCCCGCCACCCCAAGCAGAAGCGCAAGUCGCACAGCCUGUCCAUACGACGCAGCAACAGCACGGAACAGGACAGGGCAGGUUUACAGAGAGACAUGCUGGACGGACAGGAUUCCAAGCUACCUAUAUCUUUGCGUAGCAAUCUGCUUGACCUGUUUGGUCAGAUUGAACGCGAGUUUGAAAAUCUCUACAUUGAAAACUUGGACCUACGCCGGGAGAUAGAUACUCUUAACGAUCGUCUGGCUGGAGAUGGACAAACCAUAGAAGGUGGAGAUCCCAGCAAAGGAGCGCUAAAAACAAAAGCUAGCCAUAGCACCAGUCAGCUUUCCCAGAAGCUGAAGACAACGUACAAGGCCUCUACAAGCAAGAUCGUGUCCAGUUUCAAAGCCACCACAUCCAGAGCUGUGUGCCAGCUGCUGAAAGAGUACGUGGGCCACAGGGAUGGCAUCUGGGACCUUGCCAUCACUCGCAUCCCUCCCGUGGUCCUGGGAACCGCGUCCGCAGAUCACUCUGCGUUGCUGUGGAGCAUUGAGACAGGGAAGUGUCUGCUUCGAUAUGCAGGUCACGCGGGAUCAGUCAACUCGAUCAAGUUUCACCCCACGGAACAGAUGGCACUUACAGCGUCUGGGGACCAGACUGCUCACAUCUGGCGCUACAUGGUGCAGCUGCCCCCUGUCUCCCAGCCCCCAGCUGACAUCAGCGUUCCCUGUGAGGACGACCUGGAGCUGUCGGACAGGGAGGAGGGGGAGACGGACGAGGGGCCCUUUGAGGUGCCCACCAUCCGUGUUGCCACGGCAACCCUGAAGAGCCACCAGGGCGUGGUGAUCGCUGCUGAUUGGCUGGUUGGGGGGAAGCAGGUUGUCUCGGCUUCCUGGGACCGAUCGGCCAACCUGCACGAGGUGGAAACAUCUGAGCUGGUUCACACACUCACAGGUCACGACCAGGAGCUGACCCACUGCUGUACUCACCCCACCCAGCGCCUGGUGGUCACCUCGUCCAGAGACACCACCUUCCGUCUGUGGGACUUCAGAGACCCGUCCAUUCACUCUGUCAACGUGUUCCAGGGCCACACUGACACUGUGACGUCGGCAGUGUUCACCGUGGGCGACAACGUGGUGUCAGGAAGUGACGAUCGCACCGUCAAGGUGUGGGAUCUGAAGAACAUGAGGUCGCCCAUAGCAACCAUCCGCACAGACUCCGCCAUCAACAGGAUCAGCGUCUCAGCCAACCAGAGGAUCAUCGCUCUGCCACAUGACAACCGCCAAGUCCGACUGUUCGACAUGUCUGGAGCGAGGCUUGCACGACUGCCUCGCAGCAACAGACAGGGCCACCGGCGCAUGGUGUGUUGCUCUGUGUGGAAUGAGGAGAACCAGUCAUGUAACCUGUUCACCUGCGGCUUUGACAGGCAGGCCAUCGGCUGGAACAUCAACAUUCCUGCUCUGCUGCAGGAGAAGUAACUCUGCUCACGCACACUAUGAACAACACACACCUGCUUUCACCCAUUCACACAUAGUAGCAUGCUGCAGACAACCUUACAACUGCACACACACAAGGACCCACACACACACAUCUAUCUUUAGAGUACCUAUCGGCAUUAUUCUUUUGACAUUUUGACCUUCUCAGAUGACCUUCUAAAAGAUUGUUUUUAUAGAUAUUUCCAUGUUUUGUAACAUGCUACUGUAAGGAUAUUUUAACUUCUCAGUCCAUCGUUUCCCAUGCUACUGUUGUCUUCUGAAUAUCUGAACGUUUAGCUAAUUAAGACAUCCUGUUACUAUAACAACCACAAUAUAUCCUGUCCCUGUUUCAGUAUUGUCGCAAUGCAUCCUUCCUCCUUCCCUGAGUGAUCUCAGACGUGAGAUGUAUAGCACAGUUCUGGCUUCCAUCUCUCCACUCAUGUUAGAGAUCUUUUGAGGACCUCGAGGGAAGGACAGGGUGCAUCUUGACAGCAUUCGAACACGGCCCUCAGCUCUCUCUGUCUCUGAACAGGACCCGGAAGAGGUCCUGUUUAAGGAGUUACAGCAGGAGUGUUUACACUGUGCGUUUGAACCUGAGCUGAGAGAACCCACUCUGUGUGGAUGGUGCAUCCUUUUUGGUAAAGUGGUCUUCCUCUCAACGCAUGUCGGUCUCUAAAUGUUAGUCUCUCUCUCACAUGUCCACCUGAAAAUGAGCCGUCACCAGAAGUGAGUUUGAGUGGAUCUGUUUAUCUACAGUGCUUUGUGAUGUUUGUUUACAUUAAAUAGCUGUUUGUCUGUUGCAUCGAUUUGUGUACAUCAUGAGGUUUUACAAUAAUGUGUUAUUUGGAAAAGUGGUAAGUCAAUGCCUGCUAUUUAUUUAACUUCUGUAGAUCCUGUUUUCAUGCUAUGCCAGUAAUGUCACCCAAAUGUUGUUUGCUUGGGGUUUCUUGCUUAAUAAAUAUAUAUGGAACGCUUAAAUGUUAAGAAUCUAUGGACAUAAAAUGUAAUUCUGCAUGAAGUUAAAUUCAUUAAUGUUGUAUGUAAUACCUUAUAACUCAAAUAAGCAAUCGCAUAGAAGAUAUAGAACUGUGCUGUAUCAGUUAGUAUAUCAACGCCUCUGGAAUGAAGUGAGGCGCUCUGGAACACUGCAGCUCAGGGAAUUCUAUCUGUCACGUUGAGUGUGUAUCAAAUUCAUCUUUUAAUCUUCAGCAAGAAUGGCCAGCCACGCACUCCACAGUGGAUAAAUUAUAACUUGAAGGGAUGCCAGAUAUCUGUGAAAAUGUAAUAUGCCUUAUACUGUGUAUGUACAUACAUCUGAACUGUAAUGAGAUUGAAAAAAGUAUAUCUAGUUUCCCCAUUGUGGGAAAACACAUUCACCCCAAACCUUAUAAAAAAAAAUUUGCACCGAGGCUUGUAAAAAUCUAAUA